AUGCGAGCGAUAUAUGAAGCCUUAGAGUGCCUCUUCCAUCGGUAUGCAGCUUUGCUAAAGAAUGCUGAAGCACUCCGCCUGCCGGAGCACCCGGACGUGGAGCUCCACCGGUCGCAGCUCUCGCCGGCGUUCCUGCUCCGCGGCGACCUGAGCGACCGGUGGACGGCGUUCUACCUGCGGAUGAUACGGCACGGGUACCGCACGGGCGCGGUGCUCGCCAACACCGUGGAGGAGUUGGAGCCCACGGGGCUCGUCAUGAUGCGCCGCACCCUCGACGGCAAGGUCCUGAUCUGGCCCGUCGGCCCUCUCGUCCGCGGCGACGCCUCGUCGGAGACCGGCGGCGGCGGCGUUCUGCGGUGGCUGGACUCGCAGCCGCCGUCGUCCGUCUUGUACAUCUCCUUCGGGUCACAGAACACCAUACAACCCAACCACAAUAAAGUAGAUCGUGCUAAUGUGGCACGUUCCAUAAUAUCGAAGAAAUCUAUCAAGUUCACUAGCAGGAGGGCGUUACUCAAGAGAGAUUUUAACGAGGGGAUGAAAUUGUACCAUGUUUCUGGUACGGGAACGACGUUCGGGUACAGGAAACGUGGCACCACAAAGGAACUGAUAGCAGAGAUUGAAUUGACACUAGCAUAG